CUCUCCUCUGUCUCCUCUGCGCCAGUCCGCCUCGCUGACUCGCAGAACCAGUUGGUUUGGCCCAGCUUCUUCUUUCCUGCCGUCUCACUCUCUGUGUGUGUAUGUGUGUGUGUUGCUUCUGCUACUGUUGUUGUUGUCUGGUGUCAACCUACGCCGACGAGAGAACGACACACAUCCCUCCCUCUCUUCUGUUGGAGGGCCGCUUCCAAUUUGCCUUCACUUUCCUCCUCGCCGGCUCCAUUGGCUUCUGCGCCGUGCCAGUCAACUCGCCUCCUUCUCGCUGCCCGAGUUGAGCAGCAACAGCUCGGAAACAUCUGGCCGUCGCAGAGUGCUCCACUCCCCGUCCCCCAGUCCGCUCCGUUCGGCAGCCUGUUAUGGAAAUUAGUCCAAAGUCAACCUAGUUUUGUCUCCGGAGGACAAACAGAAGAGAAGGAGGAGAUUUGACGGAAGAAGCGAGGAAGACGUUGGACCGUGUUGUCUAUCCUGUGUUUGAAGUUUUAAAAACUUUUCUUUUCUACAGUAGUUUUGGUUAUGAGGACGGCAGGAUGGAGUUCCCAGACCACAGCAGACAUUUACUCCAGUGUCUGAGCGAGCAGCGGCACCAGGGCUUCCUGUGUGACUCCACGGUGCUGGUGGGCGAUGCCCAGUUCCGUGCGCACCGUGCUGUGUUGGCCUCCUGCAGCAUGUACUUUCACCUCUUCUACAAGGACCAGCUGGAUAAGCGAGAUGUGGUGCAUCUCAACAGCGACAUAGUCACAGCCCCGGCCUUUUCCCUGCUCCUGGAGUUCAUGUAUGAGGGCAAACUGCAGUUACAGGACCUUCCCGUAGAGGAUUUGCUGGCAGCAGCCAGCUACUUGCACAUGUAUGACAUUGUCAAGGUGUGUAAGAAGCGAUUGAAGCGGAAGGCCACAGCGGAGGCAGACAGCACGCGCAGAGAGGAUGAUGGUGGUUCAAGCUGCUCCGAUAAGGCAGACAGUCUAUCAGAUGGUUCUCCCGUCCGGCCUGCCACUGCAGACCUGCUGCACAGUGAUGAAGAGGAGGAAGGGAAGGCUGAGGGUGGCCAACUGUGGCUCAGGCUGCCGUCUACGGACAGAUCAGCAACACCAGCCAUGGCUACAACCAGCCCGCGUCACGCAGAGGCGGAGACACAGGGUGGGGAAGUGCUAGGGGAGGGAGGGAAGCUGCUCUCACCGUCCGGAAGCCCCACCAGCUCCACUGGAUCCCUCUCCCAGAGGUCCCACCACUCCAUCAGCCCUCGUAUUGGCCACAGAAGCAGGAAGGUGUCGAAUGAUGUGGCCGAUUGUGUCCUGGACCUGUCCGUUAAGCCAAUCACUAAUAACAAUCUCAGUAACCAUCACCAACCAUUUUUCAGCGGGGCAGCUACACCAGACAGCCUCCAAAGCCCAUUGGCUGUGAGGGUGAAGGUGGAGCGAGGUGUGGCCUCAGAUGAGGAAGAGGAACUGGGAGGUGGGGACUAUGACAUGGAACACAGUGGCCUCACCAAGGCAACUAUUCCCAGUGCCAACGGGGUCUUGACCCACCAUGGGGUCGGAGGGCCUCUGUCAGCCCAGCGGCGGCUUGGCCUGGAAGCGCACCUGUCGGCUCUGCGAGAGGCGUCUCUGGCCUCUGAGCUGGAGCGGGAGGAGAAGCCUUCGGCCACAGCAGAUGACGAGGACAUACUGGGUGGUGAAAACGAGCGUGCCCAGGCCGAGGCGGCCAGCAUGGAUAGUUCCCUGCUGCCCUACGUCUCCAACAUGCUGUCGGCUCAACACACCCAGAUCUUCAUGUGCCCGCUGUGCAACAAGAUUUUCCCCUCCCCGCCCAUCCUCCAGCUCCACCUCAGCUCCCACUUCAGGGAGCAGGAGGGCAUCCGCUCCAAGCCCGCCGGAGACGUCAACGUGCCCACCUGCACCAUCUGCAGCAAGACCUUCUCCUGCAUGUACACGCUGAAGCGCCACGAGCGGACACACUCUGGUGAGAAACCCUUCACCUGCACCACCUGCGGCAAGAGCUUCCAGUACUCACACAACCUCAGCCGCCACGCAGUGGUGCACACGCGUGAGAAGCCGCACGCUUGCAAGUGGUGCGAGCGGCGUUUCACACAGUCCGGGGACCUCUACCGACACAUCCGCAAGUUCCAUUGUGAACUGGUCAACUCUUUGUCGGUAAAGAGUGAACCGCUGGCACUGCCCAACGUCAGGGAUUGGGCGAUUGAGGACAGCUCGCAGGAUCUGUGGAAGUAGAGACAGAGUCUGCUGGGUUUUAAUAAAGGGAAAGAAAGUGGACAGAGAGAGAGGCAGAGAGGCAUGUGGAGGUGAAGGAAGGUGGCAAAGUUUGAUGUUCGGGGUUUAAGUGAAUCAUCUUAUUGUGUGUCGCAAAAUCUCAAUCAAUUGCACUUUAAUAGCACAUGAAAAUGUUACUACUGAGUUUUUUUGUUGCUGUUUGGGGUAGUGUUGUUUUAUUCUAUUUUAUUCUGAACUCUUUCUUUUAAUAAUUUGGCGUAACCUCUUUGGUGGUUUUCAUUGCGUCUUAGGACAUGGGUCCCAGUGAGGACGUCUCGCCUCUUUUUGAUUUUAUUUAAUUUAAUUCUUUGUGUUUCAUCUCAGACACAUCUCAACACUCCAACGCUGGUCAUCAAAUCCAGCAAAAACACCACCGCAGGAGUUCAGGUCGAAUACACUGAAGUGAAAAAAAAAAAAAUUACAAUACACUAAACGGGUACUGUGAUCGACAUGAGUCACUACCGCCACACAAACACACACACUGACAUGCACAACACACACACACACACAGUUUGUGUGUGUGUUGUAUGUGACGUGUGCACAGUACUGCACUACUCUGGCAAGACAUUCACCUGAUGCGUGCGUGCGUGCGUGUAUGAGUGAGUUUCGUGUGUGUUAAUCUUAUUUUCUACUGGGAUGGAGGUGUCGUUGGUGAAGCGCUUCCUGCUUCUCUUGUUAAGCUCUUUGGUGUUCAGGGGAAAAACUGACUGACUGACAAACUGAUGGCACUCAUGCAAUGCACAGCCUCCUUUUUUUUUUACUUCUAAUCAAUUUGAAGUAUUUUCUAAAAAUUAAAAAAAAACACCUUUAAAAUUAUUAUAAUUAUUGUUAUCGAUAGUUUUUUGUUUUUUUUCUUAAAUCUAGCUGGCAGUCUUUAAAACAUCUCUUGUUGAAAGUGUAUUUAAUUUAAGGUUGUUGUAUAUUGUUCUGCUAUAAUUUUAAAAAAUGUAAUCCUCUACAUUUUUUUUAAAUUAAUGAUUAUUAUUAUUAUUAUUAUUAUUAUUAUAAUAUUAUUUUGUUACUUUUUUUGUAUUCGGACCUGCUGUUGUUGCAUGAUGUCCAAACCUGUAUAUUUUAAAAUAAAAUGUGAAUUUGCUGUAUUACUGUACACACUGUAAUUGAUCAAAUAUUUGAUGACAGGCUUUUUCUUUACUUUUCUUUGUGAAUACUACUCCAGGGUGCAGUCUGUUGAAAAAUCUGAAUAUUAUUCUGGGGGGAAAAAAAUGCAUGAACAUUUUUUUUUUUGAUUUGUCUUAAACCUUUUUAAGUUGUGAUUUUUGCAUCGGGGUGGGGUUGGGGGAAAUGUUUGAACGUUACACUUUGGACAGUAAAGAGUUGGGGAUUUUGUACUUUGUCGUAAGUCGGUUGCUGCAGGCUCCUGGAAUAAUGUUACCGAAUGUGUUACCGUCGGAUGUUGAAGCGAUAUAUGAAGCAUUUGAAGCUUGUGUCUAUAUGCACUGAUAUCUCUGCUGUGUGUGUGUGCGGGUGUGAGUGAGUGUGUGUGUGUGUGUGUGUGUUUAUGAGCAUGUGACUUGGUUAUUGCCAGUCAAUUAAACCUACUGACGAUCUAUGUCCACCCAUCACUUCCUCCUCCUCCUCAGGCGUUACAUUUCUCCACUGCUGCAUGUUUGUUUUCCGUCUCUCGUGUCUCUGUCCUCUCACAGCUUUUGAUGCCGUUAAAGCCAUUUCUUAAUGAUUUCUGCUCACCUGGCACUUACUUCACGUCUGUCGAGUGCAGUUUGGCUUAAAGAGCAAAGGAUGCAGAGAGAGAGCGAGAGGAAGUGGAGAGGCCGAGUUGUCCUGCUGAAAAGUUGAAGGGUCAGACAUUCUUGUCACACUGUUGCAUCACAUUGAGCUUAGCUGAGCGUAACGCGCUCGGCUCACUCCUCAAUGCAGUGCACAUUACUCACGUUAGACGCAGUGGAUGUGAAUGGGAUUCGGUGUGUGUGUGUGUGUGUGUGUGUGUGUGCGUGUUUUCCACUUUAAACCUAAUCUUUAUUUUGACAGAUGGGAGAGAAUUGGCAUGAAUGCACCUUUUUAAGCUGAAAGACAUUAAAUCACAUUUUUUGCUGAAAAGAUGCCUUUAUUUAAAAAAAACAAAACAAACACAACAACUAAAAACAUUUCAGAGGUAAUGGAAGUAUUUGAUACUGUAGAGCGUUGAGCGUAUUAUUAAAAAAAAUAAUACAAUAAAAUUCAAGGACAAGUGAUAUUAUUUUGCUAAUUAUUUCUUGAUACGAAUGUUAUGUUAGGGUUGGGGCUACAUCAGUUUAAUCUUCUUUUUUCCCCCACUUUUUUUCUAACUUUGUUUAAAUUUUCAAAACAAUGGUCGAGCAUUUUAUACAGUCCAAUAAUGAAAUCAGGCUCCAUCCACAUUUCCCUCCCCACUGAGGCGUGUGUUUGUUGCGAACGUGUGUGUGUGUGUGUGUGUGUGUGCGGUGGGUGUGGUGGUUGUGUGUUCCGCCCUGUCAUCUGGUGACACCUACAGGCUCUGCCAGUGCAACAGCGUGGGUGACAUUGCGGCAGUUUACGCCGCGGCAUUGUCUUAUUUUUUUUGUUUUUGAUUAUGUUCCCCUCCCAGUGAAACGUUGUUUCUUCACUGGCAGCGUUUCUGCAUAUGUGCUCACUCCACAUCCUGCUGUUGUUUUCAUCAUUACUGCUGCGAUUUUUGUUUUUUCAUCUUAAUUUUUAUUUUAUUUAUCUCCUUUUCCUCUGGUUGUACUUGACCGCCUUAAACUGCUGUAGUCCAGGGUUGUUUAAUUUUCUUAACGUGAGUGGAGGAUGGGGUUGUGUAAGUGAUGUCACGACGCUCAUGGCGCGAUGAAGUAACCGCCCUGCUGAGACAUCUCCAAUCUUUUGCUGUGCUUACUUGAAAACAAAGGGGGAGAUAUCUUUUUUUGUUUGUUUUUUUUUCUUUUACUUAAAGUAAGUUAUAAAAAUUGAAACGUUCAAAUGUCAUAGACAGGUUAUGGAAGGACAGAUGGGGUGGAGGGCGGGUCGGGCUCGAGUCGGGUUGUGAAAUGAGUGAGUUAGUUUUAAAGAAGGACAAUCACUGUCUGGGAUUUAAAAAUAAAAAAACAAGCAGAUUUUGAUUGAGAUAUAUUUGCUCCCCCUUGAGACUAAAACAAUUAUUUGCUUUUUCUUUUGUUUUAUUUUCAGAUUUAGUCAUUUUUAGCUUUGACAAUCAUAGUUGGUUUAAUUUUUUUUUUUCCUUCGUUUUUCUCAAGGGGAGCGAAUUUUAAUUGUGUUUAGUUUUGUAAUUUUUUGGUGUGUUGUGUGCAAACUGCAAUAAAUUAUGAGAAUCUUGAAAUUCAA